AUGUCGCUCGCUCCUGCAUUCGCCCCGAACGGUCGCCAGCUAUCGCCUGGCGAGGUGUGGGAAGAGACAGCGCCGGCUGCGAAGCAAGAGGAGUGGCGCGAGGAUCUGAAUGUCCUCCUCAUCUGCCCCGACUGUCGUGAGGUCCCGCCGAACCUUGUCGAGAACUUCUCCCGCGGUGAUACGGUGUGUGGCGACUGCGGCCGGGUGUUAUCAGAGAGGAACCUGGACUUCCGCUCCGAGUGGCGUACUUUCUCCAACGAUGACCAGGGCAACGAUGAUCCGUCGCGCAUCGGAGACGCGGCCAACCCCCUGCUUCAUGGGUCUCAGCUGCAUACCGAGAUCGCAUUCGGCGAUGCAAGCAAUCGUCAUCGUGAACUUUCCCGCACCCAGAAUAAGUCCAACGCGGACAAGACCAACAAGUCCCUGUCGGCCGCAUAUGCCUCGAUCAGCCAGCUCUGCGAGCAGCACUCCAUGAACAAGGUGAUCGCAGAGUCGGCGAAGCUGCUUUAUAAGAUGACAGACGAUGGGAAGCUGUUCAAGGGCAAGUCGCAGGAGGCCGUCAUAGCAGGUUGCAUCUUCAUUGCAUGUCGUCAGCACGGCUACGGCCGCUCGUUCCGUGAAAUCUACAAGCUCACCCGGGUCUCCAAGAAGGAGAUUGGUCGGACGUUCAAAGUACUUGAGGCCUACAUCAACAAGAAGAAAAAGGAGCAAGAUGGCCCCAAGGCAGCUGGCAGUGGUGCCGUGAUCAACGCUGGCAACUUCAACCUCACCAAAGCCACGACGGCCUCCGAGCUUAUUGGCCGCGCCUGCUCACGCCUCAACAUUGGAAAAUUGGAGAUGAUAGCGAAGGACUGCGCUGUCAAAGUCAAUACUCUAGGUGUGGCUGCUGGACGCUCUCCCCUGUCAAUCACAGGUGCUGUCCUCUUCCUUGUGUCGCACUUGAUGGGCAGCCCGAAGAGUCCCAAAGAAAUCGGUGCGGUUGUGGACGUCUCUGACGGCACUAUCCGCACCGCCUACAAGCUUAUGUACGCGCGCCUGGACGACAUCGUGGAGCCAGCCUGGAUUGAGAAGGGAGGAGACAAGUCCCGGGUGCCUGUCGCUUAG